AAAGAGUUAGAGAGAGAGAGAGAUGGGAAACAGCUUAAGGUGUUGUAUAGCUUGUGUUCUUCCAUGUGGAGCACUAGACUUAAUCAGGAUCGUUCAUCUAAACGGCCACGUUCAGGAGAUCACACGGUCAAUAACCGCUGGAGAGAUCCUCCAAGCAAACCCAAACCAUGUCCUAAGCAAACCAUGUUCACAAGGAGUUGUCCGUAAAAUCUUGAUCUUGUCUCCUGAAUCCGAGCUUAAGAGAGGAAGUAUCUACUUUCUCAUCCCUGAUUCUUCCUUGCCGGAGAAGAAAAGGAGGAGAAAAGAAAGUCAUCGUCCCAAAAACAACCCUAGCGUUGACGCCCCUAAAGAUGAUGAUCAAUCUUUGAAGUUGUGUGAGAAGUACUUAGAAGAAGUUGUGUCAUCAACUAGUAAAGAACACCGUCAUCGCCGGCGGCAUAGCAGAUCGGCGUCAGUGUCCACGUGGCAGCCUCACCUUGACAGCAUCUCUGAGGAUCUUAAUUAAUUCCUCUUCACUUUAUAUAUCUAUUUUCUCAUCUUCUAGCUAAUGGUGUUUUUUUGUCCGGAAGCCGG